AUGCCGUUUCUGACGCAGAAAGAGGAUGUUUCCCAGCCUGAACACACUUCUUAUCCCUAUAGCGACACUUAUCAGGCUGGCCAAGAUAAUGCCGAGCCUGCCACUCAGGUCGUGGAGAACCAGACGCAGUCGGUGCCUAUAGGCAGUUUUAUGCCUAUGGACGAGUUCGCUCGACCCAUCACCACCCUGCCGGCUAACGUGGGAGUCGACAACGAACACCGAGAGUUUGACGCCCAGUCUAUUUACCCUGGGGAUGCCUGUCUGUUUGUGGCCAACCUCCCUCAACACGUCGAUGAUCUCACCUUGAGGGUUUCUCUCACCAAGCACUUCGGAAAGUUUGGUACAGUCUUCGUUAAGGUCAAGCGUGAUCGCAUCAGACACAUGCCUAUGGCCUUUGUUCAGUACACUCAAAUCAAGCAUGCCGAUGUUGCGGUGCGCGAGGCCCGUGGAGAUAUGAUCCAUGGCCGUGCUAUUCGAGUUGAGAAGUGCGGCGGAAACCUCUCCUACAUUAUCUGGCGCAAAGACACUCACCCCGUUCUCGAAAAAGAGGCUCUUUCUAUUUUUUCCCGCUAUGGACCAGUCAAGAAGGUCGAAAUUCUCGACUAUGAUGCUCAGACCAAGCUCGCCGUUCCUCCCAGUCUUCGUAUACUGUACUCCAGAUUUGACCCCAAACGCAAUGUCAUUCAGGACAUUGGCCCUAACACGCCAUUCGUCAUCAUGGCUUUCGAUCCCAAGAUGGUUCAGAAGCGUUCUGACCGCCCGGCCGACGAUCAAACCUUUAUGGAGAUGUACGAAAAGGACUGUCGCUCAGUGUUCUUCGGCGGACUGCCUCACUAUGCUGACGAGGCCAUGGUCUACCGACUGGCUGGCAUCUGCGGUCAUAUUCGUUCUGUUGAUCUACGAACUUCCCCUGACCAGGACGGUGGUCUCCCUCACCCUUGGGCCUUCGUCGAGUACGACGAGUUUGAUGUCCCUGACAGAGCCAUGGAAGAAUUCAAUGGCAAAGAAGUUGAAGGCUGCAUCCUUCGGGUCGAACGAAAGAGAACCAAGCCCGCCCCGGAAGCUGUUGCUGUUCCUCAAGCCAUCGGAACUCGUCUGCCCGACUCUGGGCCCAACUACCCCAACACUGGUUUCCGCUUUCCAGACCCUGGUUCACGCUUUCCAAACACUGGCCCCUCCCGUGUUAUUAAGUCUGGUUCCUCCAGAAUGCCUGGCAGUACAGAUGAUGCGCGUAUGUACCCAUCACCCCUCCGUCCGAUCAAGCGUCCCCAUGGUCGCUUCAAUUCUCGCAUCGUCUCUGCGGCUGCUACUCCCAACCACCGCCGCAUGGUUUCGAGCACAGGCCUCUCUCAAGAGGAACACGAGUUUCUAGAGCGCCAUCGCCUGGAGGACUUACUUGGGCCGGAGACUGUACAGCCCAGGCCUAUUCCGACCUUGGCAGUUCCAGCUGCCAGCUUGGACUCGGUCACUCCAGUCCAUUCUCCCGAGAAGUACGAGUCAGGUAACGCAGUUCGGUUCGCUCCGUCGCCGAGCACCCUGCCGUCUCAUGCCGGGUCAUCUCCCAUUCCCCUUCAGAUACCCGCUCCUCCUGCAGAGUUCAGUCCGCCAAACCUCCGAGCUUUCAAGGACCGCCUCGCUGCAGAUGCGCAGUCGCGGGUUACGGCCUUUUCACCUGCUGCAGAGCUUGCUGCGAGACGAUGUGAGGUUGCCGCUGAAGACAAGGCCAACGGCAAGGGACACCGCCGUGCUGUUUCCAUGUUCAUCACAUCUACCUAUCCGCCUCCUCUUGACCUUUCGGAGAGUGACGACAGCACUUGGCGCGAGAGUGGAAGCUCGCCAGACGAGCAGGGCACGCGGAAGAAGAAGGCAAAGAGUUGCCUCAUCCGUCGUCGCCAUCUGUCUGAGGAGAACUUGAAGCGCAACCUCUUGUACCAGUCCAAGCUCAAGGGAACCUACGCUUCCGAGGAGAUGAUGCGCGGGAGAACGCUCACUCGCGAGACCGACGGGGCCCGUGAGAAGAGUGGCAAGUCUCGAAAGAGUGAUGCCACAGAGCGAGCCAAGGAAGGACAGGUCGUUGUUGCCUCUCAGCAAGCCCCGGAGGGUCAGCUUGUCGUUGCUGCUCAGCAGCAAAUCUACCAGCCUGCGAUGCCAUACGCAAAUAUGGUACCGCAAUAUCCACCCACAAUGCCUCCCAUGGGUUAUAUCCCCAUGCCACCUUCAGCCAUGGCGCCGGUUACUGCUCCGGGUGGCUUCACGUACAUGGAUGUGCUCCAACAUCCUCAUCUGCAUGCCCACGAACAGAUGCAGGUGUACCCGGGCACCUCUCACCUUGGUUAUGCAGGCCCAGGGCCAUCCCAGGUGCAGUAUGCUGGUCCCCCAUAUCCCGCCCCCAUGUACCAAGGGCAACCUCAGGUGCCAUUCCAGGCUCACCACCAACGCGAGUAUCACGAGCCCAUGACUGUGUCUCAAGAUGCUCGCAACCACCCAUACCAAAGCCAUGGUCGACCUCAGUACCAAGGCCGCCGCCAUGCUUCAUACGCGCAUCCUCAGCAGAUGCAUUACCAGGGGAAUUACAGCGGUAUGCCCCACUCCAACUUCACUCCCCGGGGACCAAGAGAGUCCUUCCACCAGAGCCGCCAGCGACUGGAAGCAGAGCGCUACCGUCGCUAUAACUCUUAG